UUCUUGUUAGCAGGUCUUAAUUUUCUCUUGCUCUCGACAUAACACAGUUUAUUUUUUUUCUUAUCCACAUCUUAAUUUUCUCGUGAUCUCGACAUUGUUUUAAUGUGGUCACGAAUUAAUCUUCUCGUCCUCUCGACAAAACAAAACAAAACAAAUUAUGUUUUUCGUCAUCACGACUUGAUCUUCGCGUGGACGUGACAGCCUUAAACGGUUAUGUCGAGAUCAAGAGAAAACAAUGAAAAUAAAAUAUUAGAAUGACAUAUUCUCCUAGGACUUUUGUACUUUUCUGUGUAUUAUGCAUAAAAACAUGUUCUAAAGGCAGCAUCCUGUUUAUUUGCCUUUGUUUACAGUGGACUCUCCAAGAUGGCGGACACGUUGACGUCCGAUCCAGCGACCAAUGAGACGUCACAGGAUUUUCUAUGUCUAUGGUCUGAAGGCCCUGUGUGUGGCUGUGUUAUAAACGCAAUGUGAAUAGAAACUAGAAGUGUGCACUUUAAUGAGCUGCGCCAUAACAAUCAGGACAGGGACAUCAUUAAAGUAUUUUUUCCCCUGAAAUGGUAGUUGAACCAUGAUCGGGAGCCUUAUUUAUUAUGGGCUCUACCCGCUCUCUCAGCUCUUCAUUAAGCUCUCAGAAUCUUGGUGGAAGCAUCGUCCAGUGAUCAUUAAUGGCACAACAGUGUGUGACGGUGGUGCAAAUUCUUGCAGAAGGCUUACUGAACAACAGACUGCUUUGUUGGAUCAGUGGUGCAAUCCUGGAAAUGAAGUUUCAGAAACCCCUACACACACUUGUCAAGAACGAAGAGAAGCUGAAGGACUGGUGGAUAGCAGAUCCCUUCUGCAGAUCAGGGAGGUGGUAGUGGUGCAAAAGCGUGAGAUAAAGGAGGACAAAGAGAAGAUUCAUUCAGUAGACCUGAUGGAACAAGAAUCAGAGCUGGAAUGGGAGCUAGAAUCAGAAAGGGCUAAAAUCCAGGCUGAUGACUGCCAUUGGAGGUCUAGUUCUGAGGAUGAAAGUCAGGGAUUGCAAGUGAUGGCAACAGACACUGGAAGGGCCUGUUCAGCCAAGCCAGGAGGUGGGUUCUCGGGUCUUAAACCAUCUCCAUCUAACGCACUGCCACGUGCUGGCUCUGAUAACCAUGACCUUCUAAACCGUCCACAAGAAUCUCAAGUUUGCAGCAAAGGAAAAGAGUCAUUUGAACCAACAGCAGGUAGCGCUGAAGAAAGUGGUAGUUAUACAAUACCAGGGCCAUUGAAUUAUGGUCUGUUUACCAGUGAGAAUGCGUAUGGUGAUGACUCUGGCAUGAGAGGAAGUGAAGCUCAGGUCAGCAGUGACAGUCUUUUGUAUGACCUGAGUGCAAUGCUAUCAGACAACCCUGCACAGUCCUUUACUAAUCACACAUGGCUCCAGCCUGCGCCUGCUGGUUGGCAUUUUCCAGUAGGACAAGAAUUGUCAGAGAUAGUAUAUCAUCCUGUACCGUUCCCAGGCACAAGCUACUACCAUGGGUUAAAAAACAAUACAAAUUUCGAAGUGAUAUGGCGGGUAUGGGAGGACUUCUGUCAAUCCUCCAUCCCCUGUACAUCUUCCCACACAGCCUGUGUAGAUUCUGGGACGAAGUUUGAUUUUACAAUUAUGUCCUACAACAUCUUGGCCCAGGAUCUGCUUGAAGCUAACAUAGAGCUGUAUACACACUGCUCAGAGGAUGUCCUAGCAUGGGAAAACCGUUUCCAGAACAUUUUCAAAGAGCUGCAGUCCUGGGAACCUGAUAUUAUUUGUUUUCAAGAGGCACAAGAGAAUCACUUUCAUGAGCAGAUAUAUCCAGCCCUGAUUGAGAUGGGAUAUCACUGUAUGUACAAGCGGCGCACAGGCAGCAAAACGGACGGCUGUGCGGUGUGUUACAAAGCUAAUCGCUUUAAAAUGCUCUCUGUGCGCCUGCUCGAAUUCCAGCGUCACGACUCUGAACUGUUGGACCGGGACAAUGUGGGCAUAGUGCUGCUACUUCAGCCAACCACAGCACAUGGUGAAGACACUAAUUUCCCGCCCAUCUGUGUGGCCAACACACACCUGCUGUUCAACCCCAGGAGGGGAGAUGUGAAACUGGCCCAGCUAGCCAUAGUGCUGGCAGAGAUUGACAGCUUGGUCAAGCAAUGUAAGCUCAAAGGGCUUGAGUGCGAGAUCAUUCUGUGUGGAGACUUCAACUCCUUACCCAAUAUGCCCCUGUAUCAGCUGAUUGUCACGGGCAAACUCUACUACCACGGAUUACCAAACUGGAUGGUGUCUGGUCAGGAGGACCUGUCCAACAAAUCCCAUCACAGGCGUCUCUAUGCACCUUUGUGGCCUAACAGCUUGGGCAUCAAUGAUAACUGUCAGUACUAUGAUGUCUGUGAGCCUCAAAGCAAAGAUACAGGGAAAUUGCACUACAAUCAUGACUUCCUGCGGCAGCUGCGUUACUGUCCGGCAGCCUGUGUGCGGCCCCCUGACCUGGAGUUCAUACCAGGUGUCACUGACAACACUCCAACUCCUGAAGAAACCCAGCCGUAUCCCCCAAGGCAUUUCAGAAACACUAUAUGUCAUGGCUUGAACCUGAGCUCUGUGUACAGCCAAAACAUAUCAGACACUGACCACUGUGCAGUCACCACUCUGCACUCACAUGGAGCUACCAUGGUCGACUACAUCUUCUACUCCACAAGAAAAGGGCCUGCUUGGGCUUGUGCUGUCGAAGAAAAGAGAGGUCUCACGUUGCUUGGACGUCUUGCUCUGCUGUCUGAAGCUGACCUUUGGUUGCUGAAUGGACUCCCAAAUGAAGUAUUCCCAUCUGACCACCUCAGUCUGCUGGCCAAGUUUCAGCUCCGUUAAGCAUUCAGGGUUCUAGCAAGUGUGACGAGUUCAAGUUACAAAUUUUUAGACGUUGCUGCAAAACAGUGCACUUUGUUCCAAGCCUAUGCUUUGCUGUAAUUUCCUUCAGGCCUUAAUUAAUAGAUUUCAUAUUUUUAAUUUUCUGAGAUAGGUGGUAUAACAGGUAUAAGUUUGGUUUUUUUCCCCGUCAAAGAUAAUGGUUCUGAGAGUAUUUUAAACCUUUCUUCCUGUUGAUUAGUGACAUUUCUAAAGCACAUUUUAGGCACAAGGCAUUUUUUUUAAUGUUUGCUGUUCAUGACUCAUAGGUUUGUAAACACCUUGUGUUCUUCAGGUUGUUUUAAAGCUUGAGUUACAUUUACAUACGGGGCAUUAUGUGAAAUAAUCCGUAUUGAGAAAUUAAGCUGUGCACUUUUGUUGCCUAAACAUUUUUUUUUUUAAACAUGUUGAAUGUACCUCAGUUUUGAGUUUUGAUUUAUAUUUGAAAUAAUCUUUUGUUUGGAGCGGCUUUAUAUUCGUACAGUGGAAGGGAAAAAAAAUAAAUAUGUUGCUAUUAAAACGUA